AUGCAUUACAUAAAACUACUGCGACCACCAGUGGUCGAGUUCGUCAGAUCAGAACGAUGCCUCCGAUUAGUACUCGCCGUCACUACCGACCUCGGGGACUCGUUCUUCUCACCCAAAGACCCAGUUGAGCUCCUUGUGGUCGGCGCUUACACGACGACAAAAGAUGGAAAAGAGCAACUGGUACCAGUUAUCCUCACAGAACGAAAUACGCCAAAAUGGAAGGCUGGGAUGAGAGUUCUCAAACUGGAUCUUCCACUGCCUCCACACCCCAUCAAAACGAUCCAGAUCCGGCCGGCAGACCGCCAACUUACAGCUCUUGGAACGACAGACAUCUACCCACCAACGGGCCAGGGACUCAUUCUAGCGGCAUUCUCUGAUGUCUCGCUGGACAGGAACACAGCAGUACCUCCUGUGUGCUUUCGGAGUUUGAGGCUGCCAACAGCCGAUAACCAGGCGCUCCAAGUGGAGGAGGAUAUGGGGGAUAGCAUAGCCCGGCACAUCUGGGACUCUGGGAUUGCCACUGUGUCUCUCCUGGCCGACAUGUUUCUAAGCACCAGCCCGAAGGGAAACCCAAUGCCCGCCUUGAAGCAGCUCCUUCAACAAGAUCGGGACAGGCCACUGAACAUCCUCGAAGUUGGCUGCGGCAUCGGGACACUAGGCAUAGGGGUGGCCCGGCUGCUUGCUUUGAAGAAGGCUCCCAGACAGACGACAACUCGUAUCCUCAUGACUGAUCUCCCCGAGGCUGAAGAACGAGCCAGAGCGAAUAUCGCCCGGCAAGCGGAAGCUCUCAGCCAAGCACCAGCACCCUCGCUAGACUUUGAGAGCCUCGACUGGAUAGACGGGCAGAAUGGCGUGUUUGGAGCGCAGGUCCAGGAUAAUACCUGGGAUCUGAUUGUCGUGAGUGACUGCACCUACAACACGGAUACUUUGUCACCGUUGGUGAAGACGCUUUCGGCUCUUCAUGGCCAUUCCGGCGAGCAGUCGGUCAGGCCAAAGGUCUUUUUGUCGACAAAGUCAAGACACUCGUCCGAGAGAGAGUUCUGGGAUCUGAUGGCUGCUGAUGGGUGGAGUAUUGAGGAGGAGGCUACACUGCCGCUUCCUCAUAUCGAUGGGGGUGGGAAUCCUGUUGAGUUGUAUCUCUUUGAGAAGAAAUGA